AACCAGUGCCUCGUUCUCCAUGCAUUCCCAGCUAAAUGCUUCCAACUGCAGCCAGCAGGCUCACCGUCUUACUAUCAAAUUGUCAAACCGUAGAGCAUCUCAAGCAGAUUCACUCUCUCUUCAUUACCAAAGGCCUCUCACAAGACAACUUCUUCAGAAGCAAGCUCCUCCAUUUUAUUGCAACCUCUCUAUCAGGUUCAGGCGACCAUCUCGUCUCCUACGCUCUUUCCCUGUUCAAUCAAAUCGAAGCCCGCAAUACCUUCCUAUGGAAUACCAUGAUCAGAGGGUUCUCUGCAAGUUCCAAACCCGAAAUGUCGUCCGUUUUCUUCGUUAAAAUGCGAGGAGAAGGUGUACUUCCGGACAGACACACAUACCCUCUACUUCUCAAAGCCUUUUCUAAGUCAAAAAUCGGAAACCAAAAUCAGAUUCAUGGUCAAGUUGUGAAAUUUGGAUUGGACUGUGAUCGUUUUGUGCAGAAUUCACUGAUUUCUUGUUAUGCAAAUGGUGGGUUCUUGGAUUUGGCAUGCCAGAUUUUUGGUGAAGUUCCUGAGAGAGAUUCGAUUGCUUGGACGGCAAUGAUUGACGGGUUUGUUAAGAACAAUCGAGCUAAGGAAGGGAUUGAAUUUUUCAUGAAGAUGAGAUCUGAGGGUGUAAGGGUUGAUGAGGUGACUAUUGUUAGCGUUCUCUGUGCUGUUAGAAUGGUGGGAGAUGUUUGGCUUGGGAGAUGGAUUCAUGGGUUUUACGUAGAAUCCGGGAGAGUGAAUUGGGAUGUUUAUGUUGGUAGUGCACUCGUAGAUAUGUAUGCGAAAUGUGGUUGUUGCGAUGAUGCCCGCAAAGUGUUUGAUGAGAUGCCUAGGAAAAAUGUGGUUUCUUGGAGUUCUCUGAUUGCCGGUUAUGUGCAAUGCAAUAGAUUUAAGGAUGCUCUGUUUGCCUUUCAAGAUAUGCUUCUAGAGCAUGUUGAGCCUAACCAAGCUACACUUCCGAGUGUUCUCACCGCUUGCGCACAAUUGGGAGCAUUGGAUCAAGGCAGAUGGGUCCAUUCAUAUAUUGAUAAGAAUAAGAUUGAAAUGAAUAUUAACCUGGGGACAUCACUAGUAGACAUGUAUUCAAAGUGUGGAUGUAUAGAUGAGGCAUUUGUCAUUUUUGAGAAGCUACCUCAUAAGGAUGUGUACCCUUGGACUGCUAUGAUUAAUGGGUUGGCAAUGCAUGGGCAUGCCUUGAGCUCCUUGAAUCUGUUCUCUCGUAUGUUAAUGGAUGGUGUUCAACCCAAUGCUGUCACCUUUAUAGGCAUCCUCUGUGCAUGUUCUCAUGGAGGUCUUGUAGAUGAAGGCCAUAGGCACUUCCGUUCGAUGAGUCGAGUUUAUGGUAUUGAGCCUAAUGUCGAUCACUAUGGUUGUAUGGUUGAUCUCUUGGGUCGUGCAGGCCAUUUGGAAGAAGCAUUGAAAUUUAUUAAUAACAUGCCAAUGCAACCAAGCCCUGGUGUAUGGGGAGCUCUCUUUGGUGCCUGUAUGAUCCAUAAGGGUUACGAUCUUGGUGAAUGCAUAGGAAAACAUCUAAUUGAGCUGCAGCCUGAUCGUUCUGGUAGGUAUGCACUUCUAGCUAACUUAUACUCCAUAUGUCACAAGUGGGAUGAAGCAGCUUAUGUUAGGAUGCUAAUGAAAGGGAAAGGAGUGGAGAAGAAACCCGGAUGUAGUUGGAUUGAAGUGAAUGGUGAAAUACAUGAGUUCAUAGCAUUUGACAAGUUGCAUUCUCGGUCUAAGGAUUUAUACGGGAUGUUAGAUGAGAUCACUAUACAAAUGAAACUUGUAGGAUAUGUGCCGAAUGCUGCAUUGUUGAUACUUGAAGCCAUUAUAGAUUGAAAUAAAUCACUAUAUGCUUCCUCA